CAACACUGGUCCUGGCUGAAUCAGCUGUUGACUCACAAUCUUGAAAAUCGACGCACAAAUUAAGACAAAUUUCGGUUUAAAAUCAAAUAUAGAUUUAUUUAAAACUUGUAACCAUGGUUGUCGCACGUCUGGCAUUUCCCAUUAACCUGGCCCUGCAGCAGUUGCAACGCAGGGUGACGGAAAAUCCCGGAAACCUGAGAAUCCUGCAGCGCCACAUGUCCAGCGUGUACUUCCGCAGCGGCGCCAUUAAACCGAAGCCCGAGGAGAUGCCAUUUGGCCUCCUGGCCAUUUUCUGUGCCGUCAUCCCGGGUCUCUUCGUGGGCGCCACUAUCAGCAAGAAUGUGGCAAACUUCCUGGAGGAGAAUGAUCUCUUCGUGCCCGCCGAUGAUGACGACGAUGAGGAUUAAGCCUGGACAAUCUCUACGUGGGAGUACAUCCUAGUCGGGAUGAAUAUGUUAGCUUGGAGUCGUUAUCCCACGCAAAGGAACACAACACUCGGCCAAAAGUCUAUUCAUCUAUCAGCCCCCCUUUGCUAUUUAAAUCUCUACUUUAAGAUAUCAAAGAUUUGCCAUUUUUAUGUGUUUUAUGUAUACUUGCAAGUCCUGCUUUGGAAUUUCCGACUUAGUAAUUUGUCAAUAUAAUGUUAAUGCUCGAUAGAUUCACAAAUGUUACUAAACUUAAAUAAAGUUUAUUCGAUUAUGCUUAA